AUGGUUUCAGCACCUGAAUUGAAAAAAUAUAUGGGUCAUAAAAUAAUGUUACAGCUAAAUGGGAGUCGUAAAGUGAUAGGUAUAUUAAAAGGUUAUGAUUUGUAUUUAAAUGUUGUAUUAGAAAAUGCUAUAGAAAUUGUAACCCUUCUCGAUAAAAACACUAAUAAGAAAAAAAAAGACGUCGAACCUAUCCCUAUGGGUUUUGAAACUAUUGUAAGGGGGAACUCGAUUGUGUCCCUAGAAUCUUUACAGACUGUGUGA